AUGGCCCCCCUAAAAAUCGUCGUCUAUGGAAAAUCCUCCGUCAGCCACGCCCCAGAACGUGGCAUCCUUAGAUUCUCAGUGAAGUCCAACGGCGAAGAACAAGAAACUGUCGCCAAAGAAGUAACCACAGCAUCCACAGACCUACAGCGCUGGUUCAAAUCAUCCUACUUCUCCACAGACUCGACAAUCGAUGCUCCUGAGACAAAGUUCUCCUCCACAAGCAUGAGAACCUGGAAAAAAUCAAUAGAUAAGCACGACGCUGUGCUGCGCGACAUGCCCCUGCCAAACCCGUUCAAUGCUAGUAUCUCUUUCAAGGCGGUCUUCCAUGACUUCUCUAAACUGAACCACGCGAUCGAGCAAUUGCUCGCGUAUCCCAAUGUGGAGAUCGAUUCCCUGAAAUGGGGCCUCACUGACGAAACCGGGGACCGACUUGCAUCUGAUGCGCGCAAGUUGGCUUUGCGUGAUGCCAUCCAGCAGGCGAAGGACUACUCCGAGGUUCUUGGACGAGAUGUCGCUGUGGUAGAGAUUUCCGACCAGGGGUCGAGUCCUUAUGGGACUGCUAGGUUCCUGAGUGCUACGAGUCAUGGUAAUCAUCGGUCCGAGCAUGCGUCGUUGGAUUUGACGCCGCAGGAUAUUGAGGUUGAGGGGAAUGUUCAGGUUACAUUUCAAGAUGCGUGA